AGGAAACCAGUGGCGACGUUGGGUGGGAGCUGGGGGCCAUCCCUCCCUCCCUCCCUCUGCACCCCUUCAUCCAGCCAUCCCUCCCUCCACCCCCCGUGCAGGCACUUGUGAGCCCUCCAUCCUUCUCAGCCCCACGGCUCUCAAACCACCACCCGCAUCGGGCCCCCUGCCCUCCAGCCCCACACAUCCCUCUGCUCAUCCAUGCACACCCUUCACCACGUCUCCAUCCUUAUCAGCCCCUUCUGCCUGGCUGUUUGCUGCUCCAAGCAUCCAGUCACACCCUUCUUCUCCAGGCAUCCCGUAACCCUCAUCCCUCCAUCCACUGAUCCCCCCAGUCUCCAUCCGUCCAUCCCCAUAACUCCCAACUAUCCGUCCCCCUAGACCCCAUCCAUCUAUUCCCUCAUGGCCCUGAUCCAUCCCUGUAGCCCUCAUCAACCCAUCUAUCCAUCUACCCAUCCAUCCAUUCCCCCAUGGCCCUGAUCCAUCCCUGCAUCCUCCAUCCAUCCCUCCAUACCCUCCACGCCCCAUCAUCGCUCCAUCUGGCCCUCUGCACCCCUCCAUUUAUCUAGAUUUGGGCUAAAUGCAUGUCAAUAGGAAUGGUAUGAUUUUUUUUUGACUGGGGCAUGUGUAUUUUUGUCUGUCUGUUGCUUGUGGGGCAGGGGGAUGGUUAUUCCCUGUCCCCCAUGGCCCCUCUGUCUCCUCUCACUGUAGAUACCCUGUACCAUGAGGCCCAUGGCCAGUACCCCCAGCUCAGCUCUGCCCUCCACAGACUUGUCUACUUCCUGGCAACACCUGGACCCCCUCUGAGCCACCAGCGACAAGGAACAGAGCCCAACGCCUGUAGCCAGAGACCCCAGAGGCCUUUCCUGAGCCUGUUGGCAACUGUCCUCCUGUAGCUGCAGUGCUCUUGGCCCCCAUCCACCUGUAGGACAGAGAAUCCCAUUGGCACCCCCGCCAUCUGCCUGUAGCCAGAGAAACUGCCAUCAGCCUGUAUCUGGAGGACUUACAAGCCCAUCCCAUCCACCGCAUACCUGUAACAGUAAUCUCUGGUGUGUUGCUCCAAUGGACGACUGUAGGCAGCGGAGUCGGGGCUCUUGCUUUGCUUGUAUCUAGAUACGGCAGGAACUCAAGAACUCCAGGACUGCCUGUUCCCAGCCACCUCUGGGAGGAUCCUACAGCUGGAGCUGGAGCUACCCAGGGUGGGCAUGCACCUGUUACAAGAGAACAGCCAGUCCCUCUGCCUGUAGGAGACGGGCACACAGCAGGACGUGGCGUGACCACAUCCCAAGGUCCCUACAGGUCUGAAGGAAGCCAUCUGCCUGUACCCAAUGAACUCUGGGACCAUGCUACAACUGUUGUACUAGAAGUCUGGGAGCCCCGUAUGCCUUUAGCCUGACAUUCACCUUGUCCCAGUCGUUGCAGGACUCCAGGGCACCAUUGAACUGUAGGGACACCUGUAAGUGUCAAGGCUUCCUGACACAUGUAGCCAAAGAAGUGGGGAACUUUUGUACAACGACAACCCCAUUUUUUCCCCUUCUAUAGCUAGAGAAGUCUCAGGCAGACUACCCUGCCAGAGGGGACAAUACCGGGCUUCUCCAUCCUCACACUCCACUGUGCGCUUGUAGGUGGAGGUCUUCAGUACGUUUGCACGACUGUACUCCCCGUGUAUGCCUAUAGCCCAAGAACGCAUGCAGUUGCUGUGCGCCUGUCACCCCACCCUGUGCCUGUAGCUGGAGGAUUCUGGGAUCCAUAUGCGCUUGUAGCUCCAUCGUGUGCCUGUAGGUGGAGGAUUUCAGGUGUCUCCCUCCAACUACAGCUCCACUGUCUGCCUGUCAGUGGAGGAUUUCCAGAUCUCCUGAAGCCUGUAGCUCCCCUCAGUGCCUGUAUCUCCCCCAAAGGACUCUGGGACUGGUGUUUGACUGUAGCUCCAUUGUCCACCAGUAGGUGGAAACAUCUUGUGGCCCUAACAGGACUUUCCACGGAGGCCAGCCUUUCUCAACACCUGUCACCCACUACUGCCGCUCCAAUUGUCACUAAAGAGCUCCAGGAGCGGGGCCCGGCUGUAGCCCCUCCUCCCCAAACAGAAGACAUCCCCCACCCUCAAUGCUGUCUGCCCACGGAGGACAGCCACAUUGAUGGCGGAGUGACCACGGCCACCCUCCCACUCCAUGCUGGACAGUGCCACCUCAGGCGGUUGGGGGCAGGGCCGGCAAUGAGCCCAGGGCCUUGUGGGUAGCCGGUGCAGGGGGGCCCACCACUACGUGCAUGUCCAACGGGGGCAGGUUUGAGUUUGACGAUGGAGGCUGCUACGUGGGUGACUGGGAAGAGGGCCGGGCACAUGGCUAUGGGGUUUGCUUGGGCCCCGGGGCCCAGGGGGAGUACAGCGGGCAGUGGCGCCGGGGGUUCGAGUCCCUGGGGGUCUACUCCUGGCCUGGCGGGAACACCUACCAAGGCUACUGGAGUCACGGCAAGCGGGACGGCCUGGGUGUGGAGCGCAAGGCUAAAUGGUGCUACAAGGGGGAGUGGAGCCAUGGGCUGAAGGGCCGCACUGGCAUCUGGGAGAGCCACUCAGGCGUCACCUAUGAGGGCACAUGGCGGGAUGGUCUGCAGGACGGCUACGGCACCGAGACCUAUGCUGAUGGAGGUACCUACCAAGGCCAGUGGCAGACUGGGAAGCGUCACGGGUAUGGCGUCCGCCAGAGUGUCCCCUACCGCCAGGCUGCUUUGGUCCGCUCUCCACGCCGGACUUCCCUGGAGUCGCUCCGCAGUGACCCUGACCCUGGCGCACCUCCUGCCCCGCUGCCUUCUGCCCCACUGCCUCCACCUCCUCUGCUCCCAGGGGACAGCCCAGCCUCCGGCUCCCGGGGUGGCUUUGUUCUGGCCUUCCCAGGCGACCCAGACUUCCCCAAGGGGACCAAGAAAAAGUCAGGGGGCUUCUUCUUCCGGCGCUCCCUGCUUCUGAGCGGCCUGCGGGUGCGGCGGGCAGAGUCCAAGGCCUCCCUAGGGAGUAAGCGGGGUUCCCUCAAGAGCGAGGCUGGGGUCAGCUCAACAGGCAGUGAGGCCACCACACUCAGCUAUGCUGAGACAGAGCCCCCUGAGAUGCCUUCACGGUUGGCCAUUGAAGGAUCCUCCACCGAGGUUUAUGCUGGGGAGUGGCGAGCCGACCGGCGCAGUGGCUACGGGGUCAGCCGGCGCUCCAACGGGCUCCGGUACGAGGGUGAGUGGCUGGGCAACCGUCGCCAUGGCUAUGGGCGCACCACCUACCCCGACGGCACCAAGGAGGAGGGCAAGUACAAGCUCAACCGCCUGGUCAACGGGAAGGUGAAGAACUUCAUCCCACUGCGGCGCAGCAAGGUCAAGGAGAAGGUGGACCGGGCCGUGGAGGUGGCCCGGAGAGCCGUCAGCUUGGCCCGGCAAAAGCAGGAGCUAGCAGUGGCCAGGACGGCAGAUGCCCGGCUGAAGGCAGCAGGGGCACUGGCGGCGGCCGAGAAGGCCCUGGAGGCCUCCCACCUGGCCAAGAUCCUGGCUGAAGACCUGCAGCCCACCCUGCGUGACCCUGAGCCACGCCCCUGCCUGGACUCGGAGGGCAGUGACACGGAUCCUCUGGACUACGACAGCCCUGGGGUGUACGAGAACGGUGUCACCCCAUCCGAUGCCAGCCCCGAGCCCAGUUUGCCCCCCACCUACCCCCCCACCCCCCUGCAGCCCUGGCGGGGUGACCUCCGGCGGACUUGGCCCCCCCUACAGAAUGGGGGCCCCUUGCGAGAGCCCGAGGAGGAGUGGGGCUGCCGGGGGUUCCCCUCCCGGACGCCGGGGUUCGCGCCCGAUGGGCUAUGGGAAGGAGAUGAAGAGGACGAGGCGCCAGGGCACCCCCUGGAGGGCACCCCGCCCAGUGGCAGCUCUGGGAGUCUCCGCGAAGAAGAGGAGGAGGAAGAGGAAGAAGAGGAAGACCCCCUGCCGCAGGACAUGGGGGGACCCCAAGAUGUACAGGGGCCUCUGAAGGGUUCCCCACUAGGGGCUUUGGAGCCUACAGCUGGCACAGGGCCUGCACCCCAAGAUGUGGAGGAAACAGGAGCAGCCAGGAGACAGGGUGCCAGCCCCCUGGUGGUGGUAGCGGUGGUGCUGUUGGACGUGUGCUUGGCUCAUCUCUUCUCUCUCUUACUCACCUGAGGCCAGAGGGUGGGAAGACCCGGAUCUCCCCACAGAUGCCCCCUCUCCCAGGGGUCUUGGGCCUCCUUGCCCUGGCCCCAGCCUCCCUCCUCGUCGCAAUGGUUUACAUACAAAGGGCUCUUUCUAGCAGAGAUUUCUCCCUCUCUGCCUCUGAGACCACGGCAAAAUCUCCCCUCUCCCCUUCUCCCCCCCUCGCCCCCCGUCCUGCCUUUGGGGGGGAUCAGUAGCUGGGGCAGGAGGAUCGGAGUGGGGGGCACCACUGGGGGGGCACCCUGCUUGGGUCAGGAUUGGGGUGUUUCAUGGCCCAGGAUCCCCGGAGGGUGGCACACUCUACCCUGGGUGUUGGGGCAACCCUGAAGGUGGGAAUGUACCAUGGGGGCAGGGGAGAUCAUAAGGUGGGCAGGGGUCUCCCAGCCAAGGGGGGAAGCCUUUCAGCCUUGGCCCUGCCCACCACACCCCCAAAAGUGGGUGAAUUUCCCUGCCCCCCCCUUUAAUUUCUGCUUUUUAAUGGAAAAUGAUUUCUCCCUCGCCUUGUCGGAAUAACUAACGAGUUAUGUUCCAGUUAAUGAGGGGUGAAGAGGAGGGUCCUGCCGCCAUGGGGGAAAGAGGGGCCCGGCCCCCAUCAUGGUGGGGAAUAACGCGCUCAUCGGAGCAAAGCAGGAAGUCCCACCUUUGGGAGGCCAUUUUGGAGAGGGCACAAAACAGGAAGUUUGGCCUCCUUGUGGGGCUGGGAAGGGCCUGGAGGUGCGGGACAAGAAGUCCCACCUCCCAUAGCUUGGGAAAGGGCCUCCCAGAGCCUGAAAUAGGAAAUCCAUCCUUUGGGAGGAUGGAAAAUAGGAAGGGAGUGUGCAAUAGAGGAAGCUUUGACUUCUAUGGUGUAGAGCUCUCCCUGUAGGGGGUGAGACAGGAAGUCCCACCUUUUGCAGGGACCAUAUGGUGCAAUACAGAAAGUGCCACCCUAUAGAUGGUGACCAAACUCUCCUUGCAGGGGUUGGGGCACAACAGGGUCCUGCUUUUUGCAGGGACUAGAUGGUGCAAUACAGGAAGUCCCACCCCAUGGAGGGUGAGUAAACUCUCCCCAUAGGGUGAAACAGGAAGUCCUGCCUUCAGGGAGGCAAGGAGAAAGGAUGUAGGCCAACCUGGGGCUUGGGGGUAGCGCUGUCUGAUGGUGUAGCGGCAGGUGAGACCACACCAAGGUAGAAUUGAUAUUCAUUGGUGGGGGAGGAAGGGAGAAGGUAGGGUUAGGAAGUCGGGGGGUGGGGCGGGCCCCACCAUCAUGGGGACACUUCCCCCGGCAGGAUGCUCCCUCUCGGCCCCCUUGGAAAAUGCAUGAGAAAUCCGACUUCGCUCGCUGCGUGCUCUGUAUCUUGGGAAUGUGUAUAAUCUGCUCCAUUCCCCCCAACCCCAAUAUUUUCUACCUUCCCCCGUACCUUGCUCCAAGGCCUUGUUCCCCUCCCUCCCUGCCCUCCGAAAAGCCUUUUCCAAUGUCUAUUUCUUAUAUCGUGUCUUUGGGAUUGAAAAAAGAAACCGUCUUGCAGAAAAAAAGAGAAAUUUAAUAAAAAAUAAAGAAUAUAUUAAUAAA